AUGUCCAGCGGGCCCGUUGCAGAGGCUGUCUACAUGACGGAAACAGAGUUCAAAACUGCUUAUCCAAGCAAUGCACCGAGUUGUACUGAUCCCAACGACUUGUUGGCCGGUACUCAAUACUACUACUCGGAUCCCUCGUAUCCAAUUAAUUUUUGGCCAAUGAUUGAGUUUAUGACUGAUCCGUUAGGUACAGCUCUCACAAACAACCCGUGUCAGGUGCAGAAGGUGUACAUGAUAAUCAAAUUUAUCCCCGAUACCAAUACGUAUGUCCCGUACUGGGUCGCUGGCACGUGGGUAACCGCCAGCACUCCCAGCAUCACCUACUGCCCCAACUCGCCAUUCAACUGGGGGUUUGCUACACUCAAAGUGAGCUGCUGUCCCGAACCGCCGCCACCCAGUCCGCCGCCUAACCCGCCGCCACCAUCGCCACCCCCAUCACCUCCCUCUCCAUCACCACCAUCACCUGCACCUCCCUCUCCAUCACCACCAUCACCUGCACCUCCCUCUCCAUCACCACCAUCACCGGCACCUCCCUCUCCAUCACCACCAUCACCGGUACCCCCCUCUCCGCCGUCUCCACUACCACCGUCGCCGACACCUCCAUCACCAUUACCUCCGUCUCCAUCACCACCACCUCCCCCCUCGCCAUUUCCCCCAUCCCCUCCCCCACCGCCGCCGCCACCGCGGCAAACUGGAUCUCCUCCCCCGCCUCCUUCGCCGUUGUCUACGUCCCCCCCUCCACCUGCAACCUCUCCUGCUCCACUCUCACCACCGCCAUCCGCAACCCAAUCUCCACCGCCAUCCGCAACCCAAUCUCCACCGCCAUCCGCAACCCAAUCCCCACCGCCAUCCGCAACCCAAUCCCCACCGCCAUCCGCAACCCAAUCCCCACCGCCAUCCGCAACCCAAUCUCCACCGCCAUCCGCAACCCAAUCUCCACCGCCAUCCGCAACCCAACCCCCACCGCCAUCCGCAACCCAAUCUCCACCGCCAUCCGCAACCCAAUCUCCACCGCCAUCCGCAACCCAAUCCCCACCGCCAUCCGCAACCCAAUCUCCACCGCCAUCCGCAACCCAAUCUCCACCGCCAUCCGCAACCCAAUCUCCGCCGCCAUCCCCAGUUCGAUUCUUGCCUCCUCCUCCAUCCCUCAGUCCCCCGAAAACCCCGCCAAUUCAACCCAAGUCACCAAAGGCACCAAAGGCGCCCAAGGCACCCAAGCUGUCAUCACCACCACCGCCAUCUCCACCACCACUCGCGAAUGAUUUCCUUGUACAGAAGUUCCCUUUCUCUUCCUGCAAUGCGCGUGACGUCAAUCUGACGCCGUACCGCAUGUCCUCACCGGAAGGCCCGUACAACACGACCACGUCGGAUGCCACGUACUGCGUUCAGUUCGCAGCCACCGCGGCCACUGAUGGCACGAGUCCAUGUGCGGCGAUGGACAUUAACCGAAUUGAGAUCAUCGUCAGUAAGUGCUGA